CGGCCUUUCAAUGUGAGAACUUGGGGAGCCGAAGAAAAUGUCGGUGGCAUCGCAGUAAAUUACUAAAGCAGCGAGGCUUUAGAGGGAAAAGAGAAGUAAAAAGUGUUGUUUUUUUGGGACUUAAACUCACCAUAGAGGAGAGGCGAAGAGGAGAUCGGUGGCUUAAAACGAGGUGUGAGCACCAAAUAGAGCAGUUUGGGGGGGUAGUGUAUGGAAGAUGUCUGGAAAGCGAGACUGGACUCCGUGGAUGAAAAAGAGAAGGGCUCCAGUGUUGUGUGCUCUGGGUGCAGUACUACUCUGCUGCCUGCAGAGUGGCGCCUCCGUCUCCGAUGAGGUUCCGGCCUUCACUGAAGAACCCAUGUCCGUGGUGCAGAAGCUGGGGGGCAGCGUGAACCUCCGCUGCAGCGCCCGACCUGCCUCGGCCAACAUCAGCUGGCGCCUCAACGGCCAGGAGUUGGUGGACGGAGACCUGGGUGUGGUGCUGGGGCCCAGUAGCCUGUUCAUUCCCACACUCUCCAACCUGACGCUGGGGAGAUACCAGUGUGUGGCCGGCACCGGCGCUGGAGCCCUGGCCAGUGUGCCUGCUAACGUCACCGCUGCCAAGUUGCGGGACUUCGAGCCCGACGACCAGCAGGAGAUCGAGGUGGAUGAAGGCAACACGGCAGUUAUUGAAUGUCACCUCCCGGAAAGCCAGCCCAAGGCUCAGGUCCGCUACAGUGUCAAACAGGAGUGGCUGGAGACAUCUAAAGGGAACUACCUCAUCAUGCCGUCAGGGAACUUGCAGAUAGUCAACGCCACGCGGGACGACGAGGGGCCGUACAAGUGUGCUGCCUACAACCCCGUCACUCAGGAGGUCAAAACAUCCACCUCUGCCGAUCGCCUGCGCAUACGCCGCUCCACGUCGGAAGCGGCUCGUAUCAUUUACCCGCCGGCGUCCCGGUCCAUCAUGGUGACCAAAGGCCAGCGGUUGGUGUUGGAGUGCGUUGCCAGCGGCAUCCCUACUCCGCAGGUGACGUGGGCAAAAGAUGGGCAGGACCUGCGUUUCCAUAACAACACACGCUUUCUGCUCAGCAACCUGCUGAUUGAUGCGGUGGGCGAGGGCGACUCGGGGACAUACAUUUGUCGGGCGGACAACGGUAUCGGCUCAGCCAGCUCUGCGACGGUGCUCUAUGACGUACAAGUGUUUGAGCCUCCUCAGGUGACGGUGGAGCUGCAGCAGCAGGAGGUCGUGUAUGGAGAGACUGUUCGCUUUACAUGUCAGACCCGCGGUAAGCCCACUCCGUCGGUGAUGUGGCUCCACAACGCCCGGCCCCUUGCCCUGUCUCCUCGCCAUCGCCUCACCUCCCGGCUGCUGCGUGUCUCCAACGUGGGCCCCCAGGACGACGGGCUGUACCAGUGCAUGGCUGAGAACGGGGUCGGCAGCUCACAGGCCUCCGCUCGCCUCAUCACAGUAUCAACUGGGAUUUCACCCAGGGGGAAGUUGCCCUCGAUCUAUCGGCCACUCAGCCCAGACAAGGUGCUAAGAGAGCAGCCCCCUGUGAGGCCUGGGGCUGCAGGCGCCAUGUUGCCUCUGGAUUGCUCUGAGCUACCAGGACAGAUCCUUCCCGCGGAAGCCCCCAUCAUCCUCAGCCAGCCACGCACAGGCAAGGCUGACUAUUACGAACUCACCUGGAGGCCGCGGCAUGAGCGAGGAGUCCCUGUUCUGGAGUACAUGAUCAAAUACAGAAAGGUGGGAGACCCUCUAGCAGAGUGGACCUCCAGCAGUAUCGCAGGCUCUCUCCAUAAGCUGACCCUGACUAAUCUGCGGCCAGACAGCCUGUAUGAGGUGGAGAUGGCUGCCAAGAACUGUGCAGGUUUGGGACAGCCUGCUAUGAUGACCUUCAGGACCGGCAAAGGUCGUGGUCGUGGUUUAGGUGGUCAAAAUGAUCCGCCGAAAACUCCAGCUGUUCCAUCGCCAAGCCUUUCGCCUCCCGAGGCUCCUGACAAGCCCACAGUCUCCACGGCAACGGAAACGUCGGCAUACGUGACUUGGAUUCCUCGUGGUAACCGCGGCUUCCCCAUCCAGUCAUUUCGGGUGGAGUACAAGAAGGUGAAGAAGGCUGGAGAGGACUGGGUGACGGCAGUGGAAAACAUCCCCCCGUCGCGGCUCUCUGUGGAGAUCACGGGCCUGGAGAAAGGUACGUCUUAUAAGUUUCGUGUGGUGGCGGUGAAUGUGAUCGGUUCCAGUCCUCCCAGUGCCCCUUCGAAGGCUUACACUGUGGUGGGUGGGAGAACCCACGAACGCCCUGUUGAUGGACCUUAUAUCACCUACAAUGAAGCCAUCAAUGAGACUACCAUUAUUCUCAAAUGGACGUACACUCCUGUAAACAACACGCCCAUCUAUGGUUUCUACAUCUACUACCGGCCGACAGACAGCGAUAAUGACAGUGAUUAUAAGAAGGAUGUGGUGGAGGGAGACAGAUACUGGCACUCAAUCACUGACCUGCAGCCGGAGACCGCAUAUGACAUCAAGAUGCAGAGCUUCAACGAGAAGGGAGAGAGCGAAUUUGGCAAUGUAGUGAUCCUUGAAACGAAAGCUCGUCCUAAUCACCAGCGGCCCGCUCCGUCACAGACCCCAGAUCCGGGGACUGGACUCCCCACUGGACUGGUGCCGCGGCCCGGCGACCUCCCCUACCUCAUAGUCGGUAUAGUCCUGGGAGCCUUCGUCUUCAUCAUUGUCGCCUUCAUCCCCUUCUGCCUCUGGAGGGCUUGGGCCAAACAGAAGCAAACGUCCGACUUGUGUUUCCCUGCUGUGGCCACGCCCGUGUCGUCAUGCCAGUACACCAUGGUUCCCCUUCAGGGACUUGCGCUGGUUGGCCACUGCCCGCUGGACGCACACAUGACUGCUCCACAUGGCGUCUAUCCCGCUAAUGGAGAAUACACUCCAAACGGCAAAUCUCACCACCCGACACACUGCCUGCCGGGGCUGCAGCAGGAUGAAGUGGAUUGUGAUAUGGAGUGUGACAGUUUGCUGCCAGAGACGGUGUCAAAUGGACAACUGCCUGUCUACCACUACUCCACAUGUGGUCCAGAUCAUCACGAACAGACUUGCUGUUCUCCGGAUGACUCCACUCUUCGGCUCCUCAACUCUUCGCAUCACCACCUCAGCUCACAGGAGCUGGGCGGUGACGGCAUCUUCUGUGGUGGCGGUACAAUGGAGGAGGACAUCACUCAAAAGCGGACAUCUUUCCCUCUUUUAUCUCUCGAAGACGAAGGGAUUUUCACCACAUCCUCGUCAGCAGCCACAACACCGCAAUCCCAAGAUACGAUACAGGAAGUGAACAUCCUCCCAAAUGAAGCGUCCCCUGAGGACGAAGGGAGAGACAACACAACAGAUGCAUAAGAGACUGGUAAACAGAAGAAAAUAAGAGAAAAUAUUUAUUUUUGUAUCACAGAUAUUUAUAUAUUUAUGCUUUUGUACAUAAGUGUCUGAUUAUACUGUAUAUAAGGUUAUUUUCAUAUUGAAAGAAAGACUCUUUAUUCAUACAACCCCCUCUCACUAUGUCAUGGACAAAGGGAGUACCAUGUUGUGAUGCUGAGUUCUGUCUGCAUUUCCCGAGGAGGGAAAUAGGUUUGAGACGUUAUUCCUCAUGUGAAGACGAUCAGGGGCUUCCUUUCAGUUCAGCACUUCAUGUCUAGACCCUCCUCACGUCAUUCCUUUUGUAGACCUCCAUCUUAAAUGUUUGGACCUUAGGUACUUAGCUUUACGUACGACAGAAACAAAGGGACCAUUCGAAACCAGUCUGAUGCUGUAAUUAUGAGGUGCUUUUUCGCUGUUGCUUUAUCACGUUUCAGAGAUACAACUGUCCGUCUGUCAUUUUGUAUAGCAGUAACACAAAUGUAUUAUGCAUUGUUCAUCAUUAACAAACUAUUAACAAGUGUAUGCAACAUAAAUCAUUCUGUUUCAGUAGUGUACAAGAGAUUAUAUAUUGUAUAGUUAUUUAUUUUUUUUUGAUUUUAUGCUAUUUUUUUAAAUCACUGAAUGGGAGAGAUUCUGGAAAAUGUCUUUUAACUCAGUCAUUGAUAAGCUGAACUUUAUACUGCAACCACUUCUGUUUACUCAUUUGCUGGUUACCAAAUGACAGCCAGGUGAGGGCGCUGUGACAGGUGUGUCAGUAUUAUUCUUCCCUCACAGGUCGGUGCAUAAGUAUUAGUCUUUUUCCAGAGACAUCUGCAAUCAAAAUGAAGGAGAUCCUGAAUCCACACUCCCCUUUUCAAGUAUAGCCGUUUUGUGGUUGCACAUGCUGGAGCACAAUUGCAUGUAAA